UUAGUCAUGGUGAAGUCCUACCUCCGCUACGAGGAAUGCAAUUCUUUCGGUGUGGUUGUGUCGGCGGAAUCGAAUCUGUGCUACGAUAGCACAGGGAAGCUCCUCAUCGCCGGCGCUCUCGACAAGCUCCUCGUCUGGAACGUCAAGCAGGGACUCUGCGUGCAUUCUCUCGCGCCCUCUCUCCCCGAAUCAGGCUCCAGGCCCGCCGUCACUGCUAUCGCAUGUACGCCUGCCUCUUCCUCACUGGUAAGCUCCCACAUUCUUGUCUUCCAUUUCUCUUCGCUUGAUGAUUUUUUUCGUCUACUCGAGGUUGCGAGUGGCUACUCCGAUGGGUCACUUAGAAUCUGGGACAUCGUCAAGGGAGCGUGUGAAUCAACCAUGAACAGCCACCGAGGAGCAGUGACUGCCUUGAGAUACAAUAAAAAUGGCUCCUUGCUUGCCACUGGAAGCAAAGACACUGACGUUAUUGUGUGGGAUACGGUAGGCGAGACUGGGUUGUUUCGUCUUCAAGGUCACAGAGACCAGGUGACUGAUGUUGUUUUCAUUGAGAAUGGGAACAAGCUUCUCACCUCGUCCAAGGAUACUUUCGUUCGUGUGUGGGACAUACAAACGCAAGCUUGCGUCCAGACGAUCGUGAGCCACCGCAGUGAAGUCUGGUCACUCGAUGUGGAUCCUCUGGAGCGCUACGUCGUCACUGGUGGUGCGGACAUGGAACUCAGGCUCUUCCAAGUAUCAAGCGAGCCUUCCAGCGAUCCGGGAAAGUGGGAGGUGCUCCAGCUUCUGGGAGACGUGAAGAAACAAAGCCACGAUCGAGUAGUCACUUUGAGAUUCAACGAGCUGGGAACGCUUCUCGGUUGCCAGUGUGCCGGGAAGUCUUUGGAGGUUUACUCCUUGCAUGACGACAAGGAAGCGUUAAAGAAGGCCAAGAGGAGGAAACGGAGAAAGAGAGAGAAGGCUGACAAGACUGAGAAACCGGAAAACGUAGCAGUGACAGAGCCGGAAGAUGGUAACGAGUUCCAGGCAUCGGACUAUAUCCGGCUUCUACAAAUCGUUCGACUGAAACACAAGGCGAGAUCGUUUGCUAUCUCUCCUCUACACUCGAGGAAAGAAGUGAUGUGCACGCUGGCGGUUUCACUGCACAACAACAGCUUGGAAGUCCACGAAGUGCAAGCAGAAUCGUCGGCCAAAGUCCACUCCAUCGAUCUCCCUGGUCACAGGUCGGACGUCCGCUCGGCGGUGCUCACAAUGGAUGGCACGCUGCUCCUGACGACCAGCCACAAUGCAGUGAAGAUCUGGAAUCCAACGACAGGUUCUUGCUUGCGGACAAUGGAGGCUGGCUACGGUCUGUGUGGCUUGUUUGGUCCUGGCAACCAUCACGCCAUCGUUGGGACCAAGACGGGAGCUUUGGAGAUUUUCGACGUUCGAUCAGGGGAGAGAGUGAGAGCUGUGGAAGCCCACUCUGGAGCGGUGUGGUCCGUGUCAGCUCUACCAAAUGGUGAAGGCUUUGUCACCGGGAGCGCAGAUAAUGACGUGAAGUUUUGGAGGUUUGAUCUUGUUCAAGCGGACGACAAGGCAUUCAAGCAGCUUACUAUUGAGAAUGUGCGUACUCUAAGAAUGGCCGAGGAUGUUCUUGCUGUUCGUGUAAGUCCGGAUGGAAAGUAUCUGGCUGUUGCGCUUCUCGACUCCACUGUGAAAAUCUUUUUUACAGAUAGCUUGAAGUUUUAUCUCUCGCUCUACGGGCACAAGCUUCCCGUCCUUUGCAUCGAUAUUUCGAGCGAUGGAGCUCUACUUGCCUCCGGUUCUGCGGAUAAGAAUAUGAAGAUCUGGGGAAUGGACUUUGGAGACUGCCACAAGUCUCUCUUCGCUCAUCACGACAGUGUUAUGGCACUGAAGUUUGUUCCAAACACCCAUUACAUUUUCAGCGUUGGUAAAGACCGAGUUGUCAACUACUGGGAUGCGGACAAGUUCCAGCACCUGUUAAGACUGGAGGGACACCACGCCGAGAUCUGGUGCCUUGCAGUGAGUUUCUACGGAGAUUUUAUUAUCACCGGAUCGCAUGACAGAUCGAUACGCCGGUGGGAGCGGACAGAAGAACCUUUCUUCAUAGAGGAAGAAAGAGAAAAGCAACUGGAGGCACGGUUUGAUUCCGAGCUAGACGAUUCGAGAGCGCCUAGGCAAGAAGCUCCGGAAGAAGGAGCUUCUGGUUUGGCCGGACGAAAGACGCAGGAUACCGUGUCUGCUGCGGACUCUAUCAUCGACGCCUUGGACUUGGCCGAGGAAGAAAGGAAAAAGAUUUUGGAGCACAAGGAGGCUGGAGAAAAAACGAAGUUCCAACCCAACGUUAUGAUGCUCGGUCUCUCACCCGCUGCCUACGUCCUUCGUGCUGUUACUUCGGUCCGGCCUAGUGAUCUCGAGCAAGCCUUCCUGAUGCUCCCAUUUUCGGAUGCGUUGAAGCUGCUGGAAUACGUCAAGCAGUGGAUACCCGAUGGUAGUCAGGUGGAAAUUGUAGGAAGAGUAGCGACGAUGCUACUACGCAUCCACCAUGAACAACUCAUUGCAACACCAUCAGCCCGUGCAAUUGUAACCAGUGUUCAAGAAAUUCACGGCAGCGUGCGGAGCUUUAAAAACGUCCUUGGACGCAACAUUGCCGCAAUGAGCUACGUACAGGACUUGCUAGCACUGAGCACAAAUGCUCUUUUCAAAGAUGCUGGAGCGAAGCUCAGCGAGAUAAGAAAGAAGCUGUCGAGCUUUCCGGAGAAACAAGAAGGCCACAACAAAAACAAAAAGCGUCAAAAGCUUCAGUGAGUGAGCAAUCUGCAGCCGUUGAAAAAACAACGGCGGAGAUUCGCGCGGGUGAGAGAAAAAGAGGAAUUGCCACGUCUGUCGACACGUCACAGGCAAAAAAGAAAAGAUACACUACCCUUAAUAUUAGGGCAA